AUGGCAUCUCUAAAGGCCGCGAAGCCCGAUCUGUACCUGAUCGCGAGCGAGGAUGCCAUCUACGAACAGGACAUCAUCCGCAAUCCCGGCAGCAUUCGACCAUGGCUCACUUACAUCGACUUCAAAAUGCGCAAUGGCACGAUCCUCGAGCAGGCAUUCGUACAAGAGAGGGCAUGCAUACAGUUGCCGCGGUCGUACAAGCUGUGGAAGAUGUACCUGGAGUUCCGAGUCAAGCACCUGAAAAAGAAGAAUCCGGUCAGAUACAAGGCCGAGUACAACAAGGUUAAUGCGCUCUUCGAAAGAGCACUGAUCUUGCUGAACAAAAUGCCCGUCAUCUGGGAGAUGUACCUCACAUUUCUUUUGCGACAACCUUAUGUGACCAAGACUCGAAGGACCUUCGACAGGGCGCUGCGGGCCCUUCCAGUCACCCAGCACAACAGGAUAUGGAAGCUGUACAAGUCCUUCGCAAAUUCGGCUGGAGGCGACACUGCUGUCAAGAUAUGGAAGCGAUAUGUCCAGAUUCAUCCCGAGGAUAUGGAAGAUUUUAUCGACCUGUUGAUCGAGACCGGACACUACUUGGAGGCCGUCAAGAGAUAUAUGGAGAUCCUGGACAACCCCAAAUUCCGGUCGAAGCACAUAAAAAGCGAAUUCCAGCUGUGGAGCGAGAUGGUUGAGCUCAUGGUGAACAAGGCCAGAGAAAUCGGUGACAGCUCGGUGUCUGGCUUCGACCCCGAUACCAUCAUCCGGAGUGGCAUCGAACGAUUUGCGGACCAAAGGGGCAAGCUCUGGGCAGGGCUCGCAACCUACUGGAUCACACGAGGGGAUUUUGAAAGAGCAAGGGACGUGUUCGAGGAAGGGAUCACCACGGUCAUGACAGUACGCGAUUUCACCAUGGUCUUUGACGCCUAUGUGGAGUUUGAGGAGUCCAUCCUAUCCACGCUCAUGGACGCCGCGUCAGCCCGAGCUGCGAAGGGUGUAGUCGACGCGGAGAAAGACUUUGACCUGGAUCUGAAAAUGAUGCGCUUCGAGCACCUUAUGGACCGGCGGCCGUUCCUGGUCAACGACGUCCUCCUACGGCAGAACCCGAACAACGUGGUCGAAUGGGAGAAGCGGGUCGCCCUGUGGAACGACAACAAGCAAGAAGUCGUCCAAACCUAUACCGACGCCAUCGCAGCAAUCCAGCCGAAGAGAGCCGUGGGCAAGUUCCACGAACUCUGGCUCAAUUACGCCAAAUUUUACGAAGAAAACGGUGAUCUCGACACCGCACGGAUUAUCCUCGACAAAGCAGUCAAAGUGCCCUACAAAUCCGUGGCAGAACUGGCGGACACGUGGGUCGGCUGGGCCGAAAUGGAACUCCGCAACGAAAACUUCGACAAUGCGCUGAAGGUCAUGGCCACGGCGACGAAAGCGCCCAAGAGGAGUACGGUCGACUACUUCGACGAGACGCUCUCGCCGCAGCAACGUGUCCACAAGUCCUGGAAGGUCUGGUCGUUUUACGUCGACCUGGUCGAGUCAGUCGGCUCACUGGAUGAAACUCGCGCCGUGUACGACCGCAUCUUUGAACUCCGCAUUGCCACACCCCAGACGGUAGUCAACUACGCCAACCUCCUGGAGGAGCAUGGCUACUUUGAGGAAUCGUUCAAAGUCUACGAACGCGGCCUUGACGUCUUUACAUACCCCGUCGCAUUCGAACUCUGGAACCUGUACCUGACGAAAGCGGUGACUCGCAAAAUCGGGCUCGAGCGCCUGAGAGACCUCUUCGAACAAGCCGUGGAAAAUGUCCCCCCACAGUUCGCCAAGCCCAUCUACCUGAUGUACGGCGACCUGGAAGAAGAGCGCGGGCUCGCAAGAUCGGCCAUGCGGAUCUACGAGCGGGCCACCCGCGCCGUGUCAGACGAAGACCGCCUCCCCAUGUUUGAAUUCUACAUUACCAAAUCGGCCACAAACUUCGGCCUCACGUCGACGCGCCCGAUAUACGAGCGCGCCAUUGCCGCCCUCCCCGACUCGGACGCAAAAGCGAUGUGUCUCAAGUUUGCCGAGAUGGAGCGCCGGCUGGGCGAGAUUGACCGCGCGCGAGCCAUCUACGGCCACGCAUCCCAGUAUGCGGAUCCCCGCGUCGACAAGCCCUUCUGGGAGACGUGGGAGAAAUUCGAAGUCGCGCACGGCAAUGAAGACACGUUCAAAGAGAUGCUGCGUAUUAAGAGGAGUGUGGCCGCGCAGUUCAAUACGGAUGUGGCGUUCAUUGCUAGCCAGGCGGUUGCAAGGGGCCAAGCUGCCGCUGCGACGAAUGCCGAUUCUGGCGCGCAUAGAGACGGGGAAGAGCGAGGGAGCGUCACAGAUGCGAUGGCGGCACUGGAAAGGCAAACUCGUGCUCCGGUCGGCUUUGUCGCCGCCAGUACAGGCCCAGAGGGAGGAAAUAGGCCAUCCAAGACGGCUGAGGGUGUCGAUGAAGACGGACAAGCGCACGGGAAAGAAAAAGCCACCGUAUCUGCAAACCCGGACGCCAUUGAUGUGGACAUCGAUGAUGAUUGA